GGUGCUCGGACCGUAAAAUCUCGUCCAGAUGUGUGUGAUUGCUGGUGAUGGCGUGCACAAGUGGUGGCGUUGUUAAAUGAAUGUUUAAUGAGUCUACGGUCACCCGUCUCGCGCGCGGGGCCAAGUGACAAACACAGAGCAAGUGUGUCCGCCGAGAACAUGACGCCGUCAUUAACGCCGCCUGUUUCGAACGAUGAGCCCCCGGAAGAACGCGGAAUAUAAAUUGUUUUGUAGUUAUCUCGAAGUAGCGAACAAUUACCCCAUUUCCUCGCAUCAGUUUCACGGGACAAUCGCUAUCUCGCGAUGCGUAACCGGAUAGGCCAGGCACAAUCCCACCCCUAUCAGCAUCUUUUAAAUGAUCAUUCAAGACACAUCCGGACGAUCGGUAUGAGUAAUACUGGCGUUUCAGAUGCAAUCGACGAGAUCGUGGCACUCGAUAUUAAAGUGGCACGUUACAAGCGCCCAAGAGCAGGGAGUAUGUGAAAAUCGGGUUACCAUUCCGGGAUACGACAAGUUCAUGGCCCCGCGAGAUAUGAUUUCUUCUCCGCAGUCCAGUGAAUAGAGAAACACCUUCAAGGAUACCACAGCCAAGUUAGGUGUGUAGUGCUUCUUAUCGGUGACCUUCUGACAUUCGUAAUUCAAUUGAGAGUUAAACACCGGAACCACCGGAACUCUUCUACGUCGUCCCCUUGUCCGAUCGUUCGUCCGGUGCCGGUGUGUCGCGUUCGCGCGCAAGAUAGUCGCAACAAUUUGACCUUGCAACGAUGAAACGACGAUCACUGUCCGGUAACUGCGGUGUCGGGGUGUUUGUGAUCGCUCUCGUGACGGUGCUGGUUGCAUUCGCGACUCCGAGCUGGCUCGUGAGCGAUUACCGCAUCACCGGUGCAAAGUUGGACCGGCUUGGUCUAUGGACACAUUGCUUCCGAUCACUACCGGACGUCAACGAUGACUACCAGCGCCGGUUUUUCGUCGGUUGUCGUUGGGUGUACGAUCCGUUCACCACCGGUUACGACGAGAUCCGCGGAUUCCUUAUUCCACCGUUUAUGGUAGCAACACAGUUCUUUUACACUCUCUGUGCCAUUGGCGUCAUUUUGGCGAUGGUCUUGGUGCUGCUGUACUUCCUAUGCGCCGGACCAGAUCAAAAGUUUUUCGUUAAACUCAUUAAGGCUAUCAGCUACAUUACACUGGCAGCAGCGGUUUGUGGUAGCAUAGGAGUGAUCGUCUUUGCCUGCUUCGGCAACAAGGAUAAAUGGAUGCCGGAGCAUGCCAACAAUUGGUUCGGUUGGUCCUUCAUCCUUGCCUGUAUUGGCGUCGUCGCGUGCGGUGUAACGUCUUCCCUGUUCUUUGCCGAAGCACACGUGCAGGCCCGAAAACGAAGGCAAUUGAAAGAAUCGCAGACUCAAUUCCAGAUGGAUAGCGAAUCGAAAGCUUAAGACGAAUGAGAUCGGGUUCAAGCAAAACCCGAGGGGCGCGUUAGAGUGCCGCGCAGUAUAAGCGGCCGGCACAUUUUGUACUGUACAAUUGGCACAUUUUGUACAUCAUUCAAAGCAUAGCGCGUCGCGGUUACGAUUUGCACAUCCCAACGAUUCGAAUCAACGCCGUUAUCCAUAAGAAGUGUAACUGUUAACAUCGGUUAGAUGUUUUUUGCAGUUGCAGUUUUAUGGCUUCAAGAGGCAAACGUCGUUUGCAAUAGCAUAUAAGAUACCGUUUUAAGGCAAUCUCAAUCAGCUGACCGUCCAUGAAAGUGCAGCAGAGUAGUUUUAGGCUGUAUUUUCGCAUUAAUUCUUAAUGUCACAAAUCUUGGAAACACGUCCGUCCACCUUAAGUUGUACUGUACUUUCAUUUUUAUCGAGGGAAAAGAAUAUCCACUUGCGAGUGUGAUGAAUCGAUUGUUUUAAUCAUUUUAAUUUCCUUAACAUUAGCAUUCCAUAAAAAAAUCUGUUUGCAUUCCAUUUUAUAAUUCUUUGGACACUAUUUUAAUGGCAUCUUACGUGUCAGGAGCUCUACUUUCCCUUUUUAUAUAUUAUUGCUAUGAUCGGAGAUCGUACAGUGCCUCUAAUUGCUGCCUUAAAUAAGAUACACAUCAAGUGAGCAUGCAGACUUAUCAAUCGUAUGUUCGAAUUCGUGCCCGUGAUUCAAGACGCGACUCCUGAACUAGUUUGCGCACAACACACAUCAUUUUUAAUUUUUUUAUAAAAUACAACGAACGUGAAUCAGCAAAGGCCUUAAGAAAAUCAUAUCACAAAAAUCCCUUGCAAAGAGCAACCUUACAAUCAAAUUCGUUAGUCGUUGAUUAACGGCACCACAUAAAAGGGAAUGUGUUCAAAUGAAAAGUUUUUAAGCAUAAAAAAUAUAUUGACAAAUAUACUUCUAAAAACUUUA